AUGGCCGCGCUCCGGCUCCUCUUGUCCAGGCGGCGGCUCAGCGACUUUGCCGGCCGCUCAGGGGGCGCCCGGGGGGACCCUGCUUUGCACAAGGACUGUGCUCGGGGCUUCUCCACCAGCCCCCGGCAGCAAGCCCGAUUCUACACGGACGCGGUGGAGGCGGUCCAGGACAUCGCAUAUGACGCUACCGUGCUGGUGGGCGGGUUCGGGCUCUGCGGGAUCCCGGAGAACCUAAUUCGCGCCCUCCUGCAGACCCACGUGAAAGGGCUCACCGUGGUCAGCAACACCGUGGGCGUGGAGAACUUCGGCCUGGGCCUCUUACCGGCCACCAAGCAGAUCCGGCGCAUCGUCUGAUCCUAUGUGGGGGAAAACGCCCUCUGUGAGCACCAGUACUUGGCUGGGGAGCUGGAGCUAGAGCUGACGCCCCAGGGCACACUGGCGGAGAGGAUCCGCGCAGGGGGCGCUGGGGUGCCAGCCUUCUACACCAGCACGGGCUAUGGGACCCUGGUCCAGGAAGGAGGCGCUCCCAUCAGGUACUAUGACGAUGGCCACCUGGCUGUCAUCAGUAAGCCCAGAGAAGUGAGGGAGUUUCAUGGCCACCAUUAUCUUCUGGAGGAAGCAAUUACAGGAGAUUUUGCUUUGGUCAAAGGCUGGAAGGCCGAUCGCUCAGGAAACGUUAUCUUCAGGAAAAGCGCAAGGAAUUUCAACGUGCCCAUGUGCAAAGCUGCAGAAGUCACAGUGGUAGAGGUGGAAGAAGUUGUGGACGUGGGAUCAUUUGCCCCAGAAGACAUCCAUAUUCCUAACAUCUACGUAGACCGCUUGUUAAAGGGAGAAAAGGACGAGAAAAGAAUUGAGUACAUAGCAAUCCGACAAGCAGAAGAGCAAAAGCACACAGCUGACGAUCAGAGGAUACGAAUAAUCAAACGGGCAGCUCUGGAAUUUGAGGAUGGCAUGUAUGCUAAUCUGGGCAUCGGAAUCCCUCUGCUGGCCAGCAACUUUAUCAGACCCAACAUGACUGUUCACCUGCAGAGUGAAAAUGGAGUCCUGGGCUUGGGACCCUUUCCAUUACAAAGUGAGAUGGAUGCGGAUCUCAUCAAUGCUGGCAACCAAAUGGUCACUGUCAUUCCCGGGGCCUCUUUCUUCUCCAGCGAUGAAUCAUUUGCCAUGAUUAGGGGCGGACACCUUGAUAUGACAAUGCUGGGAGGAAUGCAGGUGUCCAAAUAUGGGGACCUGGCUAACUGGAUGAUUCCGGGGAAGAAGGUGAAAGGAAUGGGAGGAGCCAUGGACUUAGUGUCCAGUCCCAAAACCAAAGUGGUGGUCACCAUGCAGCAUUGUUCAAAGACGAAUGAACCCAAAAUCUUGGACAAGUGUACGAUGCCACUGACCGGGAAGCGCUGUGUGCACCGAAUCAUCACAGACAAGGCCGUGUUCAACGUGCACCCAAAGAGAGGACUGACACUGAUUGAGCUCUGGGAAGGCUUGACGGUGGAGGAUAUCAAAAAGUGCACAGGGUGUGCCUUUGCCGUCUCACCCGACCUCAAGCCAAUGCAGCAAAUUUCCAUGUAA